CCGCCGCUCCCUUCGCAGGCCGCCGCCGCCGCAGCCAUGGCGGAAGUUCAUAGACGUCAGCAUGCCCGGGUUAAAGGAGAAGCCCCCGCGAAAUCCUCCACACACAGACAUGAGGAGGAGCUGGGGAUGGCGUCGGCCGAAACGCUGACGGUGUUCCUGAAGCUGCUGGCCGCCGGCUUUUACGGCGUGAGCUCCUUCCUGAUCGUGGUGGUCAACAAGAGCGUGCUCACCAACUACAGAUUUCCCUCCUCACUAUGUGUUGGACUUGGCCAGAUGGUGGCCACAGUGGCAGUUCUCUGGGUGGGAAAGGCACUCAGAGUAGUCAAGUUUCCUGACCUUGACAGAAAUGUACCUCGAAAGACGUUUCCACUACCUCUACUAUAUUUUGGGAACCAAAUCACGGGACUGUUCAGCACAAAGAAACUGAACUUGCCCAUGUUUACAGUUCUGAGAAGGUUCUCCAUCCUGUUUACAAUGUUUGCUGAAGGAGUUUUACUCAAGAAGACUUUUUCCUGGGGUAUUAAGAUGACUGUAUUUGCAAUGAUUAUUGGAGCCUUUGUAGCUGCCAGCUCUGACUUGGCAUUUGAUCUGGAAGGAUAUGUUUUCAUUCUGAUAAAUGAUGUCCUGACAGCAGCAAAUGGCGCAUAUGUAAAACAGAAAUUAGAUUCAAAAGAGCUGGGGAAAUAUGGCCUGCUCUAUUACAAUGCACUGUUCAUGAUUCUGCCCACCUUGGCCAUUGCAUAUUUUACAGGAGAUGCGCAAAAGGCAAUGGAUUUUGAAGGCUGGGCCGACACCCUCUUUCUUUUGCAGUUCACCCUCUCUUGUGUGAUGGGGUUUAUCUUGAUGUACGCCACAGUACUCUGCACGCAGUAUAAUUCUGCCCUUACAACUACAAUAGUUGGCUGUAUUAAAAAUAUAUUAAUAACUUAUAUUGGAAUGGUCUUUGGUGGAGAUUAUAUUUUCACAUGGACAAACUUCAUUGGCUUAAAUAUCAGCAUUGCAGGGAGCCUGGUGUAUUCCUACAUCACUUUCUCUGAAGAGCAGCUGAGCAAACAGUCAGAGGCCAGUAACAAGCUGGACAUUAAGGGGAAAGGAGCAGUGUGACCAGAGGAUUGCUUCGAUGACGUAGGCCCAAGUUUUUGAUCAACUGAAAACACUGGCAAUUCGUAUACAGACACUGAGGUGUCUUGAUUAUGGAGAAAAUAACCAUUCCUUUGCACUUGUACAAUCUGAGGAUUGAUUGUUGCCUUUUAAAAUUUUAUGAGAGAAACUUAUAAUUGACUCUAUUUUAAAUAUGCCGUUGGAAUUAACUUAUAUCAAACUGGAAAAUGUACUGGACUUUUUAAUUUAUUUCUUUUAUGCCAACAGUGAAACAUCGGUGUUUUGAAAAUAUUGUUCCAUAGUUUGAAAUCCAGGUGUCCCUUCAAGCUGCAUUUACAUAGUGCCCCAGCUGGAGCCUCCUCAGUUGGUUGGCUGCGGCACAGAGAGGCAGGUUAGCCUGCCUUCUGCUGGAAAUGCAGCCAAGUAUCUACAAUUUCUCCUUCUUGAAUUUUGUUUCUUAACAAUUGCAUUUCCUUCGUAAGGGUAGUAUCACUGCAUUUGCUUAAGAUGACAGCUUUGGCAUUAAAAAACCAUGUGGGCUUUGAAGUUGUAUGGGUUUCCACGUUGGCUUCCCUGAGGACUCCUGGGAUGGGCACAGUGCAUUCCUUGAAGUUAUGUUCCCUCUUUGUUGUGUAGGAUGGCGAUAAUGAAGGGAGGGAGAAAGUAGGCCCUUUUCUCAUUUAUUCAUCUGUAGGAUUCAUUCACUCAACUCAAAGGUACCGGGUAUAUAAUAUGUACCUGGCAUUAUGCUAAGUGCUGGGGGUACAGGGAUGUUUUUGGAGGUAGCUGAAUGAUCUUACUCCUGCUAUUGUGAUGGAGGGUUAAGAGAGGAAACUUAACUUUAUGAUCCAUUCAGGAGAUGCUGUGACCCUGAACAAGCCACAGAAACUUUUUUCAGCUCUUAGCUACUGCGAGUCUGUGAAUGGGCUUAGAAGCACCCGUCCCUGUCUGCCCCACAAUGGUGAAACCAGAAGCUACGACAGGAGAUGACAUGCAUGUGAAGAGCUGCAUUUUGUUUAUUUAUUUAAACAGUUUUUUCGUUUUAAUUUUUUUUAAAGUUAACUCUGUACCCACCGUGGAGCUUGAGCUCCUGACCCCAAGAUCAAGAGUCGUAUGAAGAGGGG